AUGGUUUUGACGCAUGACAGCUACACCGUUGCGUGGAUAUAUGCCUUGCCGUUGGAAGCCGCAGCGGCCCGCGUCAUGCUGGACAAAACUCAUAGUCCCCUGCCGAAACCUUCCACUGAUCUGAACGCCUACGAGCUUGGCGAAAUAAAUGGUCACUAUAUUGUCAUUGCCUACUUACCAGCUGGUGUAUACAGCACAGUGUCUACCGCGGCUGUGGUAUCUCACAUGCGUUCCACCUUUCCUCGGCUGCAAUAUGGACUGAUGGUGGGAAUUGGAGGCGAUGUCGUGGCUCUCUUAACGCAUCUAAGUCGGCUGGAGGCGAAACAAAUGACUAAGACCAAGAACACCCUUUACAACAUAGUAUGGAAAACUCUAGAACAAAACCCUAAGAUGCAAGAAAGAUUUUUACCCCCAGAACAGUAUAUGGACUUGUUAUUUUAUUCCUCCUAUCACCAUGCCACUGGCAAAGAUACCUAUGAAAAUUGUGAUAAAGAGCAAUUAAUCAAACGACAACCACGUGGCAUCAAGACCCCUUAUAUCCAUUAUGGUUUGAUUGCAUCAGGAGAUGAGGUGAUGAAAGACUCAGAGACAAGAGACCGUCUAGCACAACAGCAUAGGAUUCUCUACUUUAAGAUGGAGGCAGCAGGCAUAAUGGAUGAGCUUCCAACGCUUAUGACCCGUGGGAUAUGCGAUUAUUGCGACUCUCAUAAGCAGAAGCAGUGGCAAGGUUAUGCAGCUUUAACAGCAGCUACUUAUGCAAAACUACUAUUAUCGGUUAUUCCAAUUAGCUUUACGGGUAGUAACCUGGUAAAAAGCAAUAAAAUGCGGCACUGGGUAGUAUCGCUUGCAAGAAAUCCAAAUUUUGUCGGUCGUGAGGAUGAAAUUAUAAAACUGGAAGAAUUAGUCACAGUGCAAGAUGGGCCCAGGAGGAUUGCAAUCACCGGUUUAGGAGGGGUCGGGAAAACCCAAGUGGCCCUUGAGCUAGCGUACCAUAUACAGGAUCGAGACAAGGAGUGCUCAGUCUACUGGAUCUCCUGUACCAGCCAUGCAAUGGUUGAGCAGAUGUUCCUGCACAUUGCGCAAAAACUCGGACUUCCUGAUGUGAAUCCAGCAGAGGUUAAAAAACAGGUCAAGAUAUACCUCAGCUCUGAGCGUGCAGGAAAGUGGCUUCUGAUUUUUGAUAAUGCGGAUGAUGCAGGGAUGUGGUUAGCAGCUAGUCACACCGAGAAUUUUCCAAUCCCAGACAUAAAUAAAAAAACUGCACUCAAAAUCCUAGAGAAGACAUUGGUACAUAAGAACUUACUUGAAGAUACUAACAUAACCGCUACUCUCCUUAAACAACUAGCCUUUCUCCCAUUAGCAAUUGCGCAGGCAUCAGCAUAUAUUCUUGAAAAUGGCAUCAUGUUGUCGACCUACCUUGCACUUCUUCAAGAGCAGGAGCAAGAUGCUGUGGAACUCCUGAGCGAAGACUUCAAGGAUCCAGGGCGUUAUAAGGAUAUCCAAAACCCGGUGAUCACCACCUGGUUAAUCUCGUUCCAACAAAUUCAACGUCAAGAUCAACUAGCGAUAGACUACCUAUCUUUCAUGGCCUGUAUUGACCCACGAAAUAUUCCCCAAUCCCUCCUUCCUCAACCAUCAUCCAGAAAGCAAAAAGUCGAUGCUUUAGGACUUCUAAAUGCAUACUCGUUUACAAAUGGCCAAGAGAGGGAUAUAGGUAUUCACAGACUUGUGCAUAUUGCAACCCGAAACUGGCUUAGAAAGAAUGCAUUAUUUAGUCACUGGAUCCAACAGGUGGCUGAACAUAUGCAGAAUGUGUUUCCAGAUGAUCACCACACGAAUCGAGGACUUUGGCGGGAAUACCUUCCCCAUGCUUUAGCACUUGUGCGUGAAAAUGAAUUUGUUACACAGGAGGAAGAUUACCUCAAUUUGACUGAAAAGAUUGCAGAUUGUCUUACCAGUGACGGAAGAUAUCGAGAAGCAGAGUUACUUUACAAGAAACUGGGUCGAUGGAAUGAAGCUGAGAGGCUGUUUGUGCAAGUAAUGGAGACAAGGAAGACAGUACUGGGAGCUGAACAUCCUGAUACUCUGACCAGCAUGGCGAACCUAGCAUCAACCUACCGGAAUCAGGGUCGAUGGAAUGAAGCCGAGAAGCUAGAGGUGCAAGUAAUGGAUACAUUCAAGACAGUACUGGGUGCUAAGCAUCCUGAUACUCUGAUCAGCAUGGCGAAUCUGGCAUCAACCUACUGGAAUCAAGGUCGAUGGAAUGAAGCUGAGAAGCUGGAGGUGCAAGUAAUGGAGAUAAGGAAGACAGUGCUGGGAGCUGAGCAUCCCUCCACUCUGAUCAGCAUGAAUAACCUUGCCUAUACUUUGAAAUGUCAGGGAAAGCUACAGGAUGCCUUGACCCUGAUGGAAGAAUGUUCCCACCUAUGCAGCAAAAUAUUAGGGCCUACUCACCCAAAUUCCAUCUCAUCCUCUCGUGCUCUCAGUGGUUGGAUGGUUGAGACUAGUGCAUUACCAGAUCAAACACCGCUCAUUGGAAAAGAAUGCCCGCAGCCCCUGCGGGAAGUUUCAUCAGGAUCUUCAGCAGCUGUGAUAACUACCCAGUCGGGCCGUGAGGAGCACAUCAAUCUUCCUUAUGCCCAAAGACGAUUAGGUGCUAAAUUAUACCUUAGAAACCAUCCUCUCAUCAUCGCUGCCAGAACACCCUCGCUGGUGCCCGCAGACCAAGAGUUACAAGAUGUGGAUUAA